UCUCACAUUGUACAAUCUCCUUGGUUUGAACGCUGAAAACAGCAUUCUUGCCAUACGCAUGCGCGAAGAGGCGCAUUUAAGCCGGCACACAUCUCGUCAUUACACCGGCUCCAGCUGCAAUAUUAUUGUUUUUUUUUUUUACAAUUUGUAAAAUGAUUACUGAUUAUUAUACAAAACCGCUAGGAAUGGAUAUCAGGCUCAAAACAAACAAAAAAAGAUCAACGACCCUCGUGAGGAUAAGCUGAAUAGAAAAUAAAUGCAUAACGCGGAACGUUAACUCCCCAACAACUGUUCCUACCCGGACACUUGGCUGCACACUUUAAAAAUGGCAGCCAACAUAGAGCAAAUCUUUCAAGAUUUUAUUUUAAAUAAAAUCAGAGAAAUCGAAGACCAGAAUGUCGACACAACUGCUGCAAAUGCCGAUUCAUGCAGUGACGCGGCUUCUGGAGACAACGGAGACAGAAAAAGCGAUGGCAGGAGCUCACAUAAGAAACAUAAGAAGCACAAAAAGCAUAAAAGUAAGAAGAAGAAAAAGAAACGAGAGAAGGAGGAAAAAGAGAGCCAUUCGGAAUCCGGGGAAGAAUUGGACACGCAAACAAAAUCUCCAUGCAGAAAAGGAGCCUCAACAGUGAAUGAGCAGCAAAGCGACGAUAGCAGCUCCAGAAGUCAGAAGCACAAAACAGGAAAAAGGAAGAAGAAGAAGAAGAGGCACAAAGAUGAGAGACGAGAAUUUGACCGAAAGCAAAGAGAGAUGAGAAGGCAACGAGAGGAGCUACCUGAUAUCAUCCCAAAAGACGAUGGUUCCAGCAACUUAAAAGCGAAGGAGAGAAGGAGGAGUAGGAGGAGCUACUCACGUUCACAUUCCAACUGUUCACAUUCCAGUGGAGAGAAGUGGACCUCACGACUCGGCAAGCGAGAAUCCAGAUCUCGUUCGAGAUCCACUUCACGUAAUCACAGCACCCGGUCCAGGUCUAGAGCAAGACACAGUAGAUCCUUAGAAAACAAACGGGAUUUGGACCGGUCCACAGAGUCCAAACAAAAUAUCUCAAAAGGUAUCCAGCUUCUGUCUCAAAGUCCGACAGGAGGAGCCACAGUAGAACUACAGAAGCCAGACCAGAGUCUCAAGUCAGCAGCGACGACAAAUCGGAAUGAUGAUCCUGCAUCCUGGUCCCUGCCGAGCCCAUGUGUUGACUCGAAACAUAUCCAUGAGUCCAUCGUCCCACAACUAAAAGCAUCAGAACACAUGAGAAAAUCCCCUGCAAAGACGAGGCAUAGCUCCUCCAAGACUCAGCCGAGGAGUAAAGAAAGGAAAUUGUCGACGAGGCAGCAAAGAUCCAGGUCACCUCAUAGAACCCACAGGACGAGGUCCAGAUCCAGGAGCUCCUCAAGGAGGAAAAGAUCCCGGUCAAGGUCCAGAGUCCGGAAGUCCCGGAGGUCACGUUCUGCAUCGCGGGGAUGGCAGGCCACUUACAGCCAGAGGGACCGCUGGAAACGAGAGCCAAGCCACUCGCCUGUGCUUAUUUUACGCAAAAAAAGAUCCCCGACGCGGCAACGACGCACACAUGCCAGCAGCCCUCAACGAAUCAGUGAACUAGGAAAAGAACAGCUAUUGGAAAUUGCCAAGGCCAAUGCGGCCGCCAUGUGUGCCAAAGCAGGUAUGUCCAUCCCCGCCAGCCUGAGGACCUCAAUUCUACCGUUGGCAUUGCCAAACAUGGCCAUGAACGCCGCUAUGGCCAGUAUGACAGCAGCCACUAUGACGGCCGCCUUGUCCAACAUUGGCACCCUGUCCUCGCUGCUGCCCACCAUUUCCAACAAAGCUGCUGGUGCGAACCUCGCUCAGCCCAUGAACGCUGCUUUUGAGGAAGUGAAAAAGAAAGUAGUGAAGCAGGCGAAUAGCAUCAGCAUUAAGGAGUUCACUGAUAAGUGCAAGAUGAUCGUGGACAGCAAAGGCGAGCUGCCGGUAGCAAUACCACACGUGUCAUUGGAGGAGGAUGAUGAGAAACCAUGUGGGGGAUUGCUUCUACGUGAACAUAAAGCCAUCAGCUUCAAUAUUAAUAGUACAACUGUACGACCAGCAGCCACAGGCAUGGCUAAAGAGUUCCCCGUGUCUUCAGGAUCUCAACACCGUAAAAAGGAGAGCAGGACACUAAACGCCUACGGAGAUUGGGUCCCAGUGGACAAAACGUACGAGGAGGCGCAGACCGCCGGUCUCAUGGUUGCACCGAGCUCGCUAUCAGGAACCAGUGAAACUCUGAAAGCCGCCGCGUUGCUGGGACCUGCUGAGUCCUUGACAGUAGAUGGCGACAGCGUUUUUCCUGACCCACCACCUCAGCCUGUGGACAUUUCUCAGGCUGUGAGUGAGAGGAUCAAAGCUCAGAGGCGCUUGGCCGAGAACCCCCAUGAUGUCAGCGCCAUCUGCAUGCUUAGCCGGGCCCAAGAGCAGGUGGAUUUGUGGGCCCAGUCCAACACAGUUCCUGGUCUAUUCACGGGCUCCACCGGAGCCCAGGUCCUUUCUACGGAGGAGCUGUCCAAUAGCGGACCACAGGCUUGGCUGAAGAAGGACCAGUUCCUCAAGGCUGCACCAGUGUCAGGCGGCGUAGGCGAGUUUCUAAUGAGAAAGAUGGGCUGGAGGACAGGGGAAGGCCUGGGGAGGAACCGUGAAGGCACCGUGGAGCCCAUCAUCAUCGACUUUAAGGUGGACCGCAAAGGUCUGGUUGCUGAAGGGGAGAAGCCACAAAAACCAACGGGGGGACUGGUGGUAACCAAGGACCUCAUGGGCAAGCACCCGGUGUCGGCUCUCAUCGAGCUGUGCACCAAGAAAAGGAUGAUGCAACCAGACUUUGUCAUGGUUCAUCACAGCGGACCGGACCAUCGCAAGAAUUUCCUCUUCAAGGUGACAGUGAAUGGCGUGGACUACCAGCCUCAGACGGCCAGUCCAAACAAGAAGCAUGCCAAGGCGAUGGCGGCGACUGUGGCACUGCAGGCUCUUGGCGAGGUUCCUGUUGAUGGACCAGGACUUUACACAGGCCCCGUCUUCACCGCCGCUUCCACUGGGCCCCUGUUCUCCACGUAGACGCACGACUGUUGCGUUGACCUACUUUUUAUAUCCUGUCCCAUCGUUUCUAAUUUAUUUCUCUGGACGCACACUAAUACGAAGAAAUACUGUGUUACUUGUGGAGUAUUUUAAAUUGAGAAUUGUAAAAUAUUUCCAGUAAUGGUAUAGUUGUAGUACAAUACACAGAUUGCUACUGUUAAAGAUGUUUUUCAUAUACUGUGUACUAAAAUAAAGAUUAUAUUUAUUUCACAUAUAUAGUGAAAAAAGCCCACUUCUUGUCUUUAAGAACGUAUAAUGUUGAUGUUUGGUCCCCUGAGUUAAUGUGCUCGGUCGGUAAGGGCUAGCAUUUCUUAGCUUCUAUUUUUUAGCCAUGUGUCAUCCACAAAUCUGGAUCAGUGAUUUUGGGGGGGCGUUCUCUUUUAAAAGGGGACCUAUUAUGCUCAUUUUUCGAACCUUUGUAUUGAGUUGUGGACUCCUAUAGAGCAGCUACACACAAUAACCAGCACAGCUUUCUAGAUCUUCCAGAAUUUGCACCCAUUCCUGCUGUAUUUCUUGGAUUUCGUGCUUCCCCGCAGGAACAGUCUGUUUUAAUUUAUUUCACCCAGGUCCCCACUCCGCUUUUAACCCCCACAGACUGUGUAUGAACUCAGUUGCAAAUGUGAAAAUUGUAAAUAGUUGAUGGUGAUAAAAUAUAUUUGUAAAUAAAUGUUAUUUUCAUGUAAGAAAAUUUGUACACAUGUAUGUAUGUAUUGUCAUUAUAUAUGUAGGGUUAGAUGGAUGUAUGGUUGGAUGGAUGUAUUAUGUAUGCAUUAUCAUUAUGUAUGGUAAUACAUGUAUGUAGCAUGUA